UCGAAAAACACGGUCUAUCUAGCCGUCAACAAUUAGUGAGAAGACGCUGAAAUAGCCGGAACUAAUAACUUUUGUUAGCGUUUGUUUUUUACGGGCAUUUAUAUGUGACGCACAACGUUUCCAUUACCAUCAGUCCCAGAUGUACAUCAACACGCUGACCAGAGGAGGAAGGUUUCUAUCAAUGAAGCACUUCAGGAAUUAAGCCACUUUAACUCACUAUUGAAAACAUUGAAUGAACCCAUCAGCCUGUGAAGCAGGCUGAAGAACAUGGUUCUGAAUCUAUGUUUGCCACAGUUUUCUACGACCGUUCAUUGCAACAAGCUGUGUGCAGAUGGCUAUGAUGUCACAAACCUUGUAUCAGAUGACCCAGCUCUCCGUAGGCGGGGCUUCAAGUUGGAAUAUUUUUUACGUCCACCGAUGCAGGUGACAUUGAAGUUCGGGUUCCAGGUGGAACUCUGUCGGGUGGAUGUAGAGCUAUGGCCCUGGGGAAUGGACCGCGGUCAGGCCAGCAAACGUGUGGAGAUCAGCACCUGUUCUGAUUCACUUCUAGUCAAGCAGAGUCAGUGUGGUGAACAGAGUGGGCGUCGACACAUACGGACCGCUAAAGAACAGCCACAAACAAGUGUCGGCUCCAGCCCCGCUGAGCCAGAGUUCAAACUGGUCGGUCGAUGUGAGCUGAAAGAAGAAACUCUGGUCACUUUUAUGCAUUCGCAUUUCAGAGCCCGGCCCCCGUUCCAGUCCCCACCUCCGCCACAGCCUCUGAACUGUCGACAGGAGGAUCUGUGGAACAGGGGUUUGCUCUCGUUGGGUGCAGUUACACAACUGCGUGUGACCGUACCUUUUGGUGGUGCGGCAUCUGCUCUGGGCUUCAAGGCUUUGUCUGUCUGGGGACAACCGGCUCGCUGCUGCCCAGCAGAAGACAUAGAAAGAAUCAGAACUGUCCUUGAGGCCAGUGAAAGACGGCAGACACAACCUGUACUUUUUCAUCCUGCUCUCAGACAAAUGAAGGAACCAACUGAGGCAGCCACAUCCCACAGCAGCGUCUCCAUGCCCGAAGAGUUCCUGGACCCGUUAACCCAGGAGGUCAUGACGUUGCCUAUGCUGCUCCCUAGUGGUGUGUCUGUGGACAACAGUACUUUAGAGGAGUACCAGAAAAGGGAAGCCACAUGGGGGCGACCUCCAAGUGACCCCUUCACAGGGGUCCCCUUCUCUGCAGCCUCCCGUCCUUUACCUAACCCCACACUGAAAACCCGUAUUGACCACUUCCUCCUUCAGAGAGGAGAGGUGAGGAGGGAUGGCAUGUUGGGAAGAAAAGGAGAAGGAAAAGAUCCACAGGCCUCCAGACUGGUAGCCUCUGAGGUCAAGGGACAGUCGCACAACUCUGCUGUUCUCAGCAAAGGAUCACACAUUAGUGCUGCUGUCGGAAAUAAUGUUGGUUCUGGGGAUUCAAACUCAAAACUAAGUGAAUCUGGUCCCUCCAGAUUUUACGGGGAUCAUGAGAGUUCCUUACAGCCUCCUGUUAGAGAAAAUAAAUCAGAAGUAUCUAAAAAGAAAAAACAGAGUGAAGACCAACGACUACAACACGUGAUGAAAAGACCGAGAAAUGACAGCACAGAUCCUGCCUCCAGCUGCAGCUCUCACGAGGAGCGCUUGUCAGCCAGUCUAGACGAAGCCCUCACCUCGGCUCUGCAGGGUCGACCCUCCUUCACCUCAAACCUGUCUCAGCAGAGACUGACUCCUGUCUCUGAAUCUCUGAACUCUACUCAACUCUGCCACAAAACAGACCCCUCCAACAUCCUAACAAGUGAGAAGUCAUGCUCGGCCUGUUCCUGCUCCGUCUCCGCCUACUCCACACAGACAUCGUCCAUCUACCGUUUAACCUGCACUCAUUUGCUCUGCCGCUCCUGCCUACGGACGCAAACGCAGUCCAAAAACUCUGUCGGAGCAGCAAGAGCCAAUCACAUCCUGUGUCCCAGCUGUGGUAGCCCCACAACACGCAGUGACAUCACACGUGUGCAUCACUGAUGGAUGGUAUUAUGGAUGACGUUGGACCUUCACAUCUUCUCCGAAGAAGGAGGCGGAUUGUUCUCAAGGUGAAGAUGGAAAGGUUCUCCCUACAUGACAUAUACAAUCGUCAACACUGACAGACAAAAGAAAAAACUCACGUCUUUAUUUGAGGUGUGACAUUAUGCUGUUUGUUUCAAUAUAUGUAUAUAAAUAAUUGAAUCGAUGAAUUCUCCUCAAUCAUCUCUGACAUUUUUUUAUUCUGCUUAAAAAAAAGGUCUUAUUUCCAGCCAGUGAAGAGCACGUCAUAUCUACAGCUAGAGAAGGGAGUUUAUUAAAUACAAGGACCUUAUCCAAUUUCCUCUUUACAAACUAAAAAAUCUUCUUAAGUAAGGAGUCCUCUUCCACUUUUACCAUACAGCCUUGGUUCUGCAGCCUUUUGUUGAUGCUGGAUGUGUAGAUUGGUUGAGGAGUCACAAAAAAGGCUUACAAACUGAAGAGCCCAGAGGCUACAUAGAAUUAAUGUAGAAAUGGAGUCGACUCAAGGCUGCGCAGACAUUGUGCAGAAUCAGAUGAGGUUCUUCACUGCUCUGCUGACCACCUGAUGUCAUGGGUUUUUCUUCUUUCUGUCCUUAUAAAAGAACAUUCUAUUCUUUCCUCCUACCCUCUGAAAGUACAAUCUCUUUCCAGCUAAUUCUCUACGUUUUAAUGGACGAAUAAGAGGGUUGCACUAAGUCGGUGGUUACAAAACCAAGGUGGUGUUGGUAGGGUUUAGUGGCAAGUAGUGGUAAGUCAUUUUGUGCCUGUGCCCACAGCAACAAGUGGAGGAGAGAGUUGUUUUCUGUAUGGUGCUCCCAGAUCCAAAACAGCAUCAUUUGUUUUUGGUUUCCCUGACAACAUUAAGCUUAAACAGGGUCAUGAUCCUACAUCCGCUGGAAAAAAAUCAGUUCUGAAUGUGAAAUGAAGACGGCAGCAUUAAAUGUGGACGGGGCCAUUGGGCCUGAGCUGAUUUGAUGUUUGUGUUGUCAACGCAGAAGUAAAAACACAGCAGAACAUCUGCUUUCAUGUCACCCUGCCCUUCAUAAACCAUCUGCACAAAGGCUUUUACUGAGAGAGUGUUUUUCCUGUAUCGAUAAAAAAGGGAAAAUAAAAAGAGUUUUUGACCACGAAAA